UUAUGACAAAAAGAAGCAGUUAAUGCCCCCACAGUAUUCACCUAACUUCCAAUUGUACAAUACAAGAAUUUGUAAUCAGAGCUGGCAAAGCUUUGUUCUAAAACAAGUCAAAAAAAUCACCAACACUAAGGUUGGAAUAGCAACUGUGACUAUCUGUAGCAUAGGAAUCAAAGCAGAGGUUCCAGUUCCUGUGUCGUUUUAACCUUUUAGGAACUCCAAAACGUUGCCGUUUCCCCCUCAUCUUCUCUAUCUGUUUCACUUUCACACUCUGCUGUCUUAUAUCCCAUCCCAUUUAGAUCUCCACUCUCUCACUCUCAAUUCUUCAAUUCCCUCAAAUUUAUUUAAAAAAUAUUCAUAGAUGAGGAAGAUCCACAUUCUCCUCUUGUCUCUCUUGGUAUCAGUAUCAGUAUCAGUAUCAGCAACGCAAUUCUGGGUUCCGAAAUCGAAGCGCGCUAACAAAAUCCUGGUUCUACCCUUAAAAACCCAAAGCAAGCUCCCAUUCACACACAACGUGACGCUCACCGUUUCAUUGGCUGUCGGCACGCCCCCACAGAACGUUACCAUGGUCCUCGACACAGGCAGCGAGCUAUCCUGGCUACAGUGCAACACCACCCAGAGAGACCGCCCCGCUUUCGACCCGACCCGCUCCGUCUCCUACACCCCCGUCGCCUGCUCCUCCCCCACCUGCACCACCCAAACCCAAGACUUCUCCAUCCCCGCCUCCUGCGACGCCAGAAACCUCUGCCACGCCGUCCUCUCCUACGCCGACGCCUCCUCCUCCGAGGGCAAUCUCGCCUUCGACAACUUCACCAUUGCCGGGUCGAAAUUCCCGGGUACGAUAUUCGGGUGCAUGGAUUCGGGCUCCACCACCAACCCGGAAGAGGAUUCCAAAACAACCGGGUUGAUGGGCAUGAACCGCGGAUCCCUCUCCUUUAUCUCCCAAAUGGGCUUUAAAAAAUUCUCCUAUUGCAUUUCCGCUUCCGAUUUGUCUGGUAUUUUGCUCUUCGGCGACUCCAAUUACACGUGGCUUCUCCCGUUGAAUUACACUCCUUUAAUCCAGAUUUCUACCCCUCUCCCAUAUUUCAACCGAGUGGCUUACACGGUCCAGCUGGAGGGCAUUAAGGUCUCGGAAAAUUUGCUCCAGUUACCCAAAUCCAUAUUCGAACCCGACCACACCGGGGCGGGUCAGACCAUGGUCGACUCCGGCACCCAAUUCACUUUCCUCCUCUCCCCGGCCUACACCGCCUUGAGGAACGAGUUUAUAAACCAAACCGGAGGCAUAUUGCGGGUCUUGGAGGAUCCGGAUUUUGUGUUUCAAGGCGCGUUUGAUUUGUGUUUUCGGGUGCCUUUAAAUUCGACGGGCUUGCCCGAAUUGCCCGCCGUGAGUUUGGUGUUUCGGGGCGCUCAGAUAACGUUGUCUGGCGCCCGUUUACUUUAUCGGGUCCCGGGCGAGAUCCGGGGGAGCGACGCGGUGCAUUGCUUGACUUUUGGGAAUUCGGAGCUGUUAGGGAUGGAGGCGUACAUCAUAGGGCAUCAUCAUCAGCAAAAUGUGUGGAUGGAAUUCGAUCUCGAGAAGUCGAGGAUUGGAGUGGCGCAAGUGCAAUGUGAUUUGGCCGGACAAAGAUUCGGGAUUCGUCAUUAGUGAAUUGUACACCGCGACGACACCAUAGCUCAGUGGUAUUCCUGGCCAUAGUUAGGUGAGAGUGAGAAUCUUAAAAUGCCAUGUGCAUUGCACGUGCAGAGUAUUCGGGCGCGGCAAGUGUUAAGGCCCAACAUUGAUGGAAGAAUUCAAUGCUUAGUAAAUGGUGGAAGAUGAUUGUCCUUGCCAUUUUUCUUUUCAUAUUAUUGCCUUCAUUAAUUAUUUCGGACUUACACUUAUUACUGUACUGUACAUUGCAUCUAUUGAAAUCUCGUGAUGGAUAUUAAAUUUAUGGUUCGCCUUA